AUGUCUUCCGAACAGGCCGAACAGGAGGAUGAGGCAACGGACAAAAUAGCUCAGCCGCCGCCAUUAGAGGUAGUGUUCAUAAAUGUGCUCAACAACUUCGGGGUGCCGUGUGCCCUUGUGGGGGACCUGGCCCUUAGGGUGUACGGUAUGAGUGUUGCAGUACGGAGCAUUGAUUUGGUCCUAGACGACAAUAUAAUUCCUCAAGCAGUGUAUGCCCUCCACCAACGUGGCUUUCAACCUUGUCGGGACCCAUACUGUGAAGCCUCAGAUAUCAAGGACAAAUACUUCCUCUCCUCCCAGCACUACCAUAUCCCUCCCAGCGGACCGUGGAAGAGGGGCCUUUUCAACCCCUGGAGAAAAUCUCACCUCCUGGAACAGGUCCCAGGCAGAAUUCCCCUCCCGGAUGACCUCGCCAAUGUUAACAACGAGGCCUGGAUGCUAACGAACAGUCCGCUACUUCCCAGCCCGCAAGCCGACCAGUUGGGCGGGUCACCGGAGCGGUGGGUCGGCCGCUGGCAGAUUGGGGUCGUGAUCGCGACGCCCAAAGCCUUCAUCGAACAAAUGUUCUGGCAUAUGCUUCGAGACCUCCGUCCAAACGAUGCAAUGUACAGGAGUCCGUGGGAGCAGCAGCUGUGCAAGUUCGCCGUGUGGCUCAAGUGCCAGCCCACUGGUUUCUACCCGCUCUGUUCCGACUUCAGGACCCUUGGUGGGACAAUCCUGCCAACGUUCCUGAACAUGCUCCUAAGUCCUUAUGAGGGUCAUCGUGAAGCUUACGACUAUUUCUAUAGUGCGCAGAGCGACGAGUUCAAACGUGGACACCUGAGCAUGAGUCCGCGACGCGGGCGGAAGAUUUGCCAGCCUGUUGAGAAUUAUGCACUGGCCGGUGAAUGGUAUUACUGACCUGGAGCCUGGAGGGGCAGGGUCGCUACUAUUGUAGUUGUCACUGCGGUUCAUGUCAAUCAAGAUCGGCG